AUGUCUUCGAUGCUAUUAUACACUCUCAUGCCGAGGGGCCAGUCCUCUGGCGGUGAGCUGCUACCACGAUUAACCAGCGAUGUUACACUGGAUAUCGACCCAUUGCCCUUGGCCCAGCGGAGAGGCCUCAUCGCAGUCUCGGUCAUGGCAUUCCUCUCCUUUAUUGCCACCUUGUCUCUGCUUGGUUUCAUUACCUAUCGACUCAUUUUCUGGAGGAAAAACUACCAGAGAUACAUCGGUUACAACCAGUAUAUUAUUUUGAUUUAUAACCUGAUUCUGGCUGAUUUCCAGCAAGCCCUUGCCUUUUUGAUCUGUGUGAAAUGGAUCGCUACCGAUAAGAUCAAGUCUGGCACGGCAGCAUGCUUCCUCCAGGGCCUUUGGCUUCAAAUCGGAGAUCCUGGCAGUGGACUUUUCGUGCUUGCCAUUGCAUUCCACACUUUUUUGCUGGUCGUCUGGGGCCGAAAGAUGUCUCAUAAGGUGUUCGUUUCCUUCGUCAUCGGCGUGUGGGCAUUCAUCGCUAUUAUUGUGAUCAUUCCUCUGGCAGCAUACGGUGCCGAUGUCUUCGUUCCCUCCGGCGCCUGGUGCUGGAUUAGUGAAGAGUAUGAGACAGUCCGUCUGUGGACUCACUACAUCUGGAUCUUCUUGGCCGAGUUCGGUACAGUGUGUCUUUACGCCGUUAUGUAUUUCCAGCUCCGACGCCAGAUUGCGGCUUCGUCUAUUCUGGGAAACAGCCAGCUGGAAAGUCUCAAGCGUCUCCGUCGUGUUGUUGGCUACAUGACUAUCUAUCCUAUCGUCUACAUCGUUCUUUCGCUCCCUCUGGCUGCCGGUCGUAUGGCUACGGCAAAUGGCAACACUCCCUCCAUCACUUUCUUCUGCUGUGCCGGUGCCAUCAUUACUAGCUCCGGUUUGGUCGACGUCGCUCUAUACACCCUCACUCGCCGCAAUCUCAUCAUCGAUUCCGAACCCAGCCAAGACCAUUCUUACAACAAGUUCGCCAGCAGUCGUGGCCGCCACGGGGAAAACCACCUUACUACGAUCACAGCUGCCGACCCCAAGACUCGGACCAGGAAUGGUGGUCUUAACACCGAACUCGACCGUGACGGCUCUACCGAUAACAUUGUUCAGCCGGGCGUUGAAAUGGGCCCAAUGGGCAAAGUGUACCAAGAAACCACCAUCGAAAUCACCACCGAGCCUGCCUACCCGUCAGAAGCAGCCAGUGAGCGUUCCAGCAAAGAUGACUUCAAUGAAGCCCCAUCGCGGAUGUGGCGACGAUAA